AUGGCAGAAGUACACAUUAUUGGUGAGCUUAUCGGAGCAAGUGGGUUCCCCUCGCAUAACCUGUAUUGUAAAUGGUCUGUUCACAGUGAAGGUUCGUGGCGUUUGCUGGCGGGAGCGAAGGAAGGCCAAACUCAAGUUGACAACCCUCAAAACGAAGAGUGUGCAAAAUGGUCUCAUCCUAUAGACUUACAUUUUGCAACGAACGGUCUAAAAGGCUGGCCGAAGUUUCAUUUUCAAGUGUGGUAUCAGGAUAGCUUUGGUCGGAAUCAGAUCUACGGUUACGGGUUCUGUCACGUUCCUACAUCGCCAGGGACACACGAUAUAGACUGUGUAACAUGGCGACCAUCGGGCUCGUGGAAAGAACAAGUGCGCUCAUAUUUUCUCGGUGGCGGAGCACAGCUCAAGACUUCUGAUGUGAUUUACACUGGAGCUGAUAGGUAUAGACUUAGAACUGUUGCAAUGGGGACUGUUCAUUUACAACUAGGAAUUAUCACUAGAAAUUUUGACAAGUUUGGAAUAGAAUGCUGA